GUCCUCCUUUCCGACACUUGGUCAUGGCUUGAGGAGUCGCAUGGCCGCUCGGGCCGGCAGCUGUUCGGGAAGGCCCGUAUCCCGAAAAAGGACCUGACCAGCCUCCUUGCUGCUAGCGGGAGAGAAGGGGUGUCCUUGGACCCUCCUCGAGAUGCCGUGGCUUCGCAAAUCCAGUGGCUCGCCAAGGGCACGGAGGAGCCAGCAAGUGCCUACCACGAGCGUGGGUUGCGCAUGUCACCUUUACUGGGUUUGGUGGCACAGGGCGGCCGAAUCGGUGCCAGAACUACUCGCGACCCGACUCAAGCUGUCGCUCGGAUUUGGAACUUUCCUCAUGUUCCUGGGGACUGGGGGCCAGAGGAGGUGAAGGCUGUCUUGGCCCAGGCUUUUGAUUCCGUGACCUUGAUCCACAACAGGCGCACCGGCCGAGAGUUUCUGUACAGGUUCCGUGGGACCCAUAAAUAUGGGGACAAAGACGUGGUGCCGUUGCAAGCCACGGUCGACGAUGGCACGACCACACCAGGCGAAAUGACUCUUUGGGCGCAAGUUGCUCCCCACCGGCCCCAGGGGAACAAGCAGCAUUUCCUGAAGCCUGCCCCGGUGCCACUUAUCUCGACUACGGCCUCGCCUUUGGAUGGUCGGCUUGUCAAGGCGCACCAACCCGCCGUCCUCGACGACAAGGGCAAGGAGACCUCCCCAGCUCAGAACAGGGCCCUGAACCAGCGCGAGGUUCCUGAAGGUUGCCAAAUCACUGAGAUCGACCGAGACGGCUCCUGCAUGUACCGGGCCGUCGCCCAAGGGCUCACCUGGCUCAGCGGCAAGAAGAAGACAGAGCACUGCCACCGAGACUUGCGCGCUCGGGCCAACGCCCACCUGAGGAAGCACCAGGCGCAGUACGUUGAUGAGUGGGACGGGUAUGGGCCAGCGUUGGAAAAACUUGCUGCUGAUAACCCGACCAAAGACGAGGGCUUUGCCAAAUACCUCGACUUGGCCGAGAAGGAAUCUGCCUAUGGCUCGGUCUUGGAGCUCAAAGCUCUUAGCAGGAUUUACGACGUGUGCCUGAUGGUCAUCCGCCGGGAUGCCAACUUCGGCACCAUGGUGUUCAAGGAGGCAAAGGCCCAGAAACACAGGGCCAUCGUGCUUUGGUACACCCCCAAGCACAUCGACCUGGUGAUGCCCACCAAGCCGACCGACCACUACCCUGAGGCCCUCUUUGCUGGUUGCACGGGUCAGGUCAUUGAUUUGAGAGCAGGUGGUCGUAGCAGCCACCUUGGAGAUGAUGCAAGUUCGGUCUGGACCAAAGCCUCGAAUGCCCCGUCGACCCAGGUCAGGUCACAGGUAAGCAGGUCCAGCAAGCAGCCAAGGCCCGUGUCACCCUUGCCAAAGGCCCUGCCGCUCACUGCCAGGUCGCACUCGUCGGCCGAAGCAUCGAUUAGGUCGGGCACCGUUUGGUCCUCGGCUGCUGCCAGCUCGAAAAAGCAAAGGUGCAACAUCACUGCCAGCGAUUGCACCGGCUCAAAGAAAACAGCGUGGACCCAGCACCGACCCUCUGCUCAGGCCUCCUGCUCGAUUGCAUCUGGGGCAGCCGAUGCUGCUAGUGUUGAUGACCUGCACAUUCCGGAGGCCCCUGUGGCCCCUGCGUCUUCAGAGACCCGCCGCCGCAAGGACCAUGCUCCCGACCGUUUUCGGACGCCUCAGGGUCCCACCAUGAAGUACCGGUUGAUGUUUAAGUGCGAGCUCUGCCCAUACCGCACCACCAGCGCCGCCGCCAGCAGUUUGACCGCCAUCAAGGCACGACACAUGAAUACGUGCCACGGUGGCGAGGGGCAGCUGCCAAAGAUUGCUAGCCGCCAAUGGUUUGCGAGUCGGGGCAAGGCCGAGGACUUCCACUGGCGAUGCCCGCUGUGCCGCACCGGUGUCAAGAAGGUGCGAAGUGACAUCCCGAUCAAACGCCUCUACGAGCUUAAGCGCCAGCACAAGGAGCAAUGCCACCCCGAGAUUCCCAAGUCUGAGUGGCUGACCCUUACGCGGGCCCAAACUGCUAGCUCUGCGGCCGGAAAGAAGCGCGCCUUGCGCCUGGGCAAAAGCAAUGUUGAGGCUGUUCGCCUCAAACUGCCGCCUCACAUCAUCCCGUUUACCAUGCCCAGGCCGGUUCGUUUGAACAAAGGUCCGUGCCCCAUUGCUGAGCGUCCCAUCCUCAAGCUUUGCUUCUGUAGCUUCUAUAAGUGCCGGCGCUGUGGCCACAUCCGCCACCGAGGCCCCAAGACUCUCGAGUCCCAUUCUGGUGCAUCCUGCCUGCCCCCUCGACCUGACUGGAUGAUGCAACGCACGCUUCGGAAACUCGAUGUCAUGAGCGAGUGGGCCAAAACUCACAAGGUGCCAGGCAUGCCCAGGUCCCAGGUCGAAGAGAUAUUUGCCUCGGCCCGCCGGGCCCUCGCAAAAUUCAUCUCCCUUUUGACGUGCAACCUGGCCCGCAAAGGCAUCGCCUCUAUCGAUGCUGUUCGGGCCAUGCUCUCUCAGGAAUCGGUGCAGAUCGCAGCCUUCCAGGAGGCUGACAUCAACCCACUGUCGGCGGCUGGCUUUGUUGCAGCUUGGAGCCGGCACAAAUACCAGGCAGUGCUUAGCCCUGUGGAUUCCCGUGGCAAGCACCGUGUUGCCUUGACAUCUUGCUUGCCACUCAGACAUGUCCAGUUGCCGGAUCUUUCUUGUGCAGAUCGGGUCGCAGCCGGGGUGGUGGUGUGGCCGCUUUCGGAGGGCCCUACCUCGGUACUUGUGGUUUCUUUCUAUGGCUACCCGGGCGAUGCUCCUCGGACUUCACUCGCCUUUGAGUCCCUCAUGUCGGCUGUGGCCACUUUCGGCGGCCCGUACGUGAUUCUGGGGGAUUUCAACAUCACCCAAAUAGAAGGCUCGCUUGCGGCUAUGCUGGCCACCGGGGCUAUCAGAGCUGCCGAUGAUACUGGGGGAUCUCAGCAUCCCAACACCAACCCCACCAACACACGUCGCAUCGACUUUGCCGUGGCCCACCAAAAUCUGGUUGCUUCGCAUGUGCACACUUUUCGGCUGCCUGCUGUCUCGGACCAUGGCAUCGUUCGGGUGGACUUCCCGACUGCCUGUUUCCCUCGCUCUUGGAAGCGGCCUGCCUUCUCGCCGGCGUGGACCUGCCUCUCCGAUUGGGCAUCUCCAACCCUUCGUGCCCUCGCAGUGCCGCUUGGCUUCCGGCCCCCCGUCCCACUCCUUGUGGCACCCCUGGCAAAGACGGGCACGAUUGGCCAACUCGAGCAGCAGCCGUGGGACCUUCAACUACUUUCCAGCAUCGCUCGUUCCCUCCGCCGUGUCCGGGCGCUGGCCCCCGAGCUGCCGCACCUUGACCUUGACACUCCAAGCGAGGCCAGGGCUUGCGUGGACGCCCUCAUUGAUACAAGGCAGAAACAGCACCGCCUUCUGUGUUUGCAGAGAUGGAAGGAGAAAACCGCGCUCUCCUCUGAUGUGGCCCUUGCUUGGGUCAAAAAUCGAGCUGACCUCGAGCUUCGCACGCAGUCCCCCUCACCUCUCCAGGACGUGCCCACUGCCCAGGUUCACCCUGCGCAACGGGUGCAGCUGCAAGGUGAGGAAUGGACCCGCAAGUGGCAAACACCCACUACGCCACCUGACUGUGUUCAGUUUGCGCAACUCCUUCGGGACAUCCCUAGCCACCAGACCUGCCACCUCGACCUUGAGCCGAGCCCCACCGAACUUCGCAAGGCCCAGGUGCUUCGCACUGCCACGGUCCCCAGCCUAUGGCAACGGUCGAUCAUUGUCCUUUUGCAAAAGGGCCACAGCCGAUCGCCAAUCGACACGCAUCGACGGCUGCUGUGUGCCUGGAAGUCGGGCGUGCGCUCUUACCUCCAGCAGGACCUUAGCGCUUUCUUUGACUCGUUGUCGGUGCCUGUCUUGAAACUUGCCCUGGCUCAUUUGGGAGCUCCUCCGGCGCUUGCUCCCCUGAUUGAGGCUUUCUACAGCAGGCAGCUCAGGCUGUUCACGGUGGACUCGUACACGUCCGAAAGGUGGCACCGCUCCCAUCACGGCUUGCUGCAAGGCUGCCCGCUCUCCCCUUUCCUCAGCCUGACGAUUGGUUUCCUUUGGGCCCAGUAUGUGGCGAAACCGGGAGUCGAAGCUGGCAUUUACGUCGAUGACCGGAUCCUUUGGUUUACCGGGCAAGACCACUCAAGCGCCGAGGCGCAACGCGCGCUUCGUCGCAGUGACUUGUUUGACGCUGCUGCCGGGCUCACCUGCAGCUGCCGUAAGUGCCAUUUGGUCACCACCCAGCCCCGCUGUCCUUGGCGUGCUGAGGCCGAGGCUCGAGGCUACCAGAUUGGCCCUAAUCUGCAGUUCCUUGGUGUUGACCUUUGCCUGGACUCGGGCGAAGCCGUUCCGCUUAAACUUAGCCUGCACAAGCUGCAAGUUCGCCUGCGACACACGGCCAAUCCGGCUUUUCCUUUGGAGGUCCGCAGACAGGUCAUCCGGUCUCUGGUCUUCCCCGCCUUGUUUUGGGCGGCUGGGGUUGCCAUGCCCCCCCCUGCCACGUUGGAAGCCAUCCGACAAAGCGUCGCGGCAGUGCUGCGGGUCUCUUUGACCCAUGAGGCCCCUCGUGUUCUUGUCGGCCAGGUUCUUGGUUGGACGUUGGAUGUGAGCUGGGUUGCCGACUGGAGUGCCCUUUCGGCCUUGACUCGGGCUCUCGUGCAACAGCCCGACUGGCAUGAGCACCUCUCCCUGCAAGAGCUUGCUUUUCUUCGCACCUCGAGCCUCCCGGGGGCCAGUGCUACCCUGCAGAAACUCCAGUGGCGACUAGAUCCGCAAGGCCGGGCUUUUGAGCGCAUCGACGACGCCGGUCGUCACCGCACCUAUCGUUUUGGCGAAGACUCCCCCGCAGUCCUCAAACAGUGGCUCACCGAAGCCCACAAAGCCGAAGCCACCCACAGGUUUGCGUUUCAGGGCCACCGGCAGGUCUAUGCCAAGGCCACCACCCGUGCAGAAAAGCAUGCCGCCCUGGCCAGUGGCGGGACAGGCUGGCAUUACAGUGCCAGACACUCUCUGAAUGGUCCGAUGCAGUGCUUCUGCUCGAAACUUUGGCCCUCUCGAGCCCACUUGCUCUGGAGCUGCCCAAACUUUGCAGAGGAUCGCGCCGGACUUCCAACCCCUGUCGACAGAGUCGAAGAAAGACUCUUGGGGCGACCCAUCCCGGAGUACCCGCCUGCCCCUGAGGCCGGAGUGCAGGCUCUACAACCUCAAGUGCUUCAGCUCCUCGAGAAGGCCGCUACCGAGAACCAGCUCGACCUCUUGCUCGCGACGGACGGCUCCAGCGAAAACGGGAUAGGGGCUUUUGCAGUGGUUUGUGAAAACCCCCGCCUGGACAUGGCUGGGGCUGACUCCAGCGAAGAUCAAACUCCAUUUCGGAUGGAGUUGUUGGGCAUCCUGGGUGUUCUUGAAGCUUUGGAGCUCACUGCUCACCCACCUCGACAAGUGAUUAUCCUCGUGGACUGUGAGUCAGCUAUGAAGGCAGUUUGCUGUCCCGCGACAAGCCAAUACUGCACCUUAGCUGCUAAAGCACAACGGGCUGGCGCGAUGGCCCGAAGACGUGGGAUUUCCUGGCGGCGGACGAUUGCGCCAACCGACAUCGUCGCGGCCGCCUUCAGAACGCUGCUCGAGUCGGCUGGCAUCAGGUUUUUCUUUGUACAGCUUCCGAGUAGGCUCGACACCUGGAAGUACAGCUCCUCUGUCGAGCUGAAUGGCACCGCCCGGCAC